GGAAAGUGGUAAUUGCUUCUUUUUUUUUCCUUCCUCACUGUUUGGCUGUUGGUUGCAUGGUCCUCCCCACACACUAAUGAGUGAACAAGACUCUGCUGUCUACAUGACUUGCUGACCAGACUGUGUGGGAGAAUAAGAGCUGAAUCUAUCCGCCCUUUUACUUCUGCAGAAUGAGGUCUUCAGCAUCCUUUUUACGCUUUCUGGUUUGUCUUUUAGGACUUGGAGGGAUCCACGGUUUGGUGUUGAUGGAGGAUGAAGAGGAGGAACUGGAGGACAGACACCUGAGCAAAGCUAUUUUGGAGAUGCUGCACAUAAAUAAGCUGUCAGCGCCUCAGCAGGCAAAACCACACCCCUAUAUGAGACACGUUUAUCAGUCUCUGGACACACAGGCGAGAGAACAGAGCGCUGCUGAUGGGAUGCUGGUGCAGAGUUUCAGGAGUGUUGAAGAUUCAAAGUACGGCACCCCAGGAUGGAUCUGGUUCAACACGUCCCAGCUGAGUCCCUUCAUGAGGGUUGCAGAGCUGGUGCUCCUGAGGAAAACUCUUUAUCACCGGCCGCUCAGUGUGACAGUCACAGUACACAGUCUUUCACCAGGAGCAGAAAACCUGAGCAUCAGUGGCCCUCUUGCAGAGCACUUACUAAGCCUGGACCGACUGCCUCCAUCAGGCUACGAUGUUUUCGAUGUGACGGCAGCAUUAAACCAACCAUCUCAAAACUCGGAUAUAUUAGGCUUCCAGCUUCGGUUUGAGGAUGAGAGCGGCAGUCUGGUCCUCCAUGAAGCCCUCACUCAGAGCCUCUACUGCCUGAAUGGCAGCUCUGUCAGCCAGCCACUAUUGGUGGCGUACAGGAGCGGAUCUAUGGAGCUUCAUCAGGGAUCUUCCGGAGUGGGUUCAGACCACAAACAAAGGCAGCGAAUAGACAGCGAGAGACAGCGAAUACAUCUGCGGCACGGGAGACAUGUAGGCGCAUGCAGACUCUAUGUGCAUCAUGUCAGUCUUCACACGAGCAAGCUGAGUCAAUGGAUUCUACAGCCGUCCAACUUCAGCAUAAGCAUUUGUAGAGGUAUCUGUCUGAAAGAAACGUCUAUGACUGUUCAAAGACAAAGAAAACACCAGAAAGAGAAUGAAUCACUUCAAAGAUCAGCCUGCACUCCUCAAGGCCUGUCGUCUCUCAUCGUGAUGUACAGCAGCGACACUGCCGACAUUAUUAUAAAGGAGCUGAAGGAUAUGAGAGCAGAGAGAUGCGAGUGUCAGUCAACGGCUCAAUGAAAGCCACUGUUGUCAUCCAGAAAAUGCAGUUUGUCAUGUAUCUGAUAGACGCAUGUGAACCCACAGGUUUCUAUGUUGGUCAUGAUACUUGAUUUGAUAAAGAAUAACAACUGCUUAUAAUAAUACACAAACUAGAACAUUCUCAUUGCUUUAGUGAAAAUGUUAACACUCACAAUGCAGCAAGCUUUUCGACCAAAUAUUUGCUGUAAUCUUGGCUCAUAAAAUGCACAAUGAUAUUUAUAGAAAUGUUUGAGUUUUGUUUUAACAAAAUUCCUUAAAUGUUGUUCUUAAAAAUUCAGUUAUUUAAAUGUAUUUUAUUUUUUAUUAUUUGUUAAAUACUUUUGGAAGAUUUUCUUUCAUUUUAUUUAUAUUUUUGGAGGAAAUCCCAACAACGCUGAAUUUAUUUGAUCAUAAAUACAGAAAUUUUGUGAAAUAUUAUUACACAAUUCAAAGUAUAAAACUUUUAAACAUGCUGUUAAAUUGGCAGCAAUUUGUGAA